AUGCCUGCUCUUCCUCGCCCCAGCCGUGGCAGACCCCGCGCCUUUUCCAAGCAAGACGAAGAUCUCUGGAAGGCCUACACCAAAGCACUCCAGACAAAGAUCUUUAGCAAUCUUGAUUCAAAGAAUGAGAUCUUUUAUGCUGCUCCCGUUGGCAUGAUGGGCAUUCCUGCUGGUGCCAAUAUCUCUCAGCAAGUCACCAACAAAGGGGUUUACGACAUUGGCGAUGCUGUCAUGCCAUUGGAUGCUCCUGUAUUCGAUACUGGGGGCAAGAAGUACUCUCAUCGGCUUCGAGAAGUUCUGGGGGCUGUAAAACUCGGGCAGAAUCGGGAUCUGGGUGCCGAGAAACGAAUGAACGACAUCCACGCAAAAGUCACAAGAUUAAAUACGGAGUAUGCAGAGUUGAGCAAGAGAGCGAUGGAAAGUUACGCGGCCGACGAAGAUAAAGACAACAUACCUUUCGGAAAGUGGGUUCCAGUGAACCUUGCCGGACCUGGCGCUGCUCAACUCAACAUGCAGAGGCAGAGGCUGUUCAGCACUUGUGAACUGGACAAGAUGAAUCCUGGCCUCAACAUGCCAUGUGCCCCAAGCUUUGGAAACAUCGUCAACGGGUCUUCUGAUAUUCCUCAGAAAAACAUUGGAUAUUCGAGACCUACCUAUACCAUAGAGAACUCUUAUAGAGACAUAGUAGGUAGCUGGAUAAAGAACGCCGGUGGCGAGAACAAGUUCAACUUGACUUUCAACAUCAAUGAUGCAAAGUCAGCUCCUGUGCCUGGUCGCUAG